AUGGUGCGCAAGAACAGCUACGUGGGCGAGACAAAGGACCGGCUGCGGCAUGGCCAAGGCACGUACACGUUCCCGGGCGGUUACUUCAAGUACACGGGGUCCUGGUACCGCGGCAAGAUGCACGGCCAUGGCAUCUUCUUUCUUGGCGAUGGCAGCACGUACGAAGGUGCUUUCGAAGAGGGCGAAAUGACGGGCACGGGGCUUCGGCGCUGGCCCGACGGGUCGACGUACGCGGGUAGCUUUCGCCGCGGCGAACUCGACGGCCACGGCAGCUUUCUCUCGGCCAGUGGGAAACGCUACGAAGGAACGUGGCGAGACAAUCAGUACUGCGGACACGGCGAGCUCUGGGAUGCGGACGGCUCUCACUACGUUGGCGACUUUGAAGCACACACGUUUCACGGCGAAGGCCGCAAGACCUUUCCCGAUGCGAGCACGUACGACGGGUUCUGGGCCCACGGACGUCAAGAUGGCCUUGGCUCGUAUCUUGGCGCCAACGGAGAGAGCUACGAAGGCAGCUGGCGCGACGGACUCCGAGACGGCAAAGGCCGCGGCGUCUUUCCGGACGGCAUCGUCUACGAUGGCAUGUGGACAGCCGACCGCCCCGAACAUCGCUCGUGCGGUCUCGUGAUCUCGCGACUCAUGCCCGACUAUACCACCGUGGACUUGACGCCCUUGGUGUUUCGAGAGGACAAGCCUGUGGAGCCUGCCCCGCCGAGCGAAGAUGGCAGCGUCGACGCGCCGCCGCCGCCCGAGCCCAAGCGGCUACCGGCGUUUCGCAUCGACUGCAUCGACGCACCAGUGCAAGCUCGCACCAACAACCAAGCCGGCACGUGUGUCGUGGAAGAGUCGGGGCGGCAGCUGCGCAUGCUCCUUUUAGCUGGCAAGAUUCCCGGCUCGACCGAGCCCGACGUGGUUGCUGAGGUACCGAAGGGAAAGAAAGCCCCCGCGGUCGUCGCGCCGCCCCCCGAAGUUGUACCGGACGUCCCGCCGCUGCCGCUACCGCUCUUGACUCUGAGCGACGACAAGACGCCAAUCGACGAGCACGCGAUUGUGACGGAACACGGUGGCGCGCUUGUGCCAGCCAUCUUUGCGCUGCCGAGUAGCCUCGCGCCGGGCGACUAUUUCGUGCUGCUCGAGAGCGCGCUCGACACAUCCUUGCCGCCAGCUUAUUACCCGAUUACAAUUGCAAAGGCAGACGAUCCGACCGACAAAUCGUCGUUCAAGAACGCGCCCAAGAAAAAAUAACUGCAAUAAAAAUGCCAAAAUUGUUCCGAUAUUGGUUAUAAAUUGUACAUAAUUGUACACAAUUGUUUUGAGAUGUCG